GAACCAGUACAGGGGAUGACCAGGACUGCGGACACAGUGCAGGAGAUGACCAGAGACUGCGGACACAGUGCAGGAGAUGACCAGAGACUGCGGACACAGUGCAGGAGAUGACCAGAGACUGCGACAGUACAGGGAUGACCAGAGACUGCGGACACAGUGCAGGAGAUGACCAGAGACUGCAGACAACAUUACAGGGGAUGACCAGAGACUGCGGACAUAGUACAGGAAAUGACCAGAGACUGCGGACACAGUACAGGAGAUGACCAGAGACUGCGGACACAGUACAGGGUAUGACCAGAGACUGCGGACACAGUGCAGGAGAUGACCAGAG